AUGAAAGAGCCAGAGGAGCUAUCCCCAGAAUCAGGUGCUAUUUUCACAUUUGGAAAAAGCAAAUUUGCAGAAGAUAUUCCUAGCAAGUUCUGGUUCAAAAAUGACAAGCCUGUACUUAUAUCCUGUGGAGAUGAACAUACUGCUGUUGUUACAGGGAAUGGUAAACUAUACAUGUUCGGCAGUAACAACUGGGGCCAGUUAGGACUAGGAUCAAAGAACACUGUCAACAAACCAACAUGUGUUAAAGCUUUAAAACCAGAAAAAACAAAACUUGCUGUUUGUGGAAGAAACCACACUUUAGUUUACACAGAAAAAGGAAAUGUGUAUGCUGCUGGAGGUAACAGUGAAGGUCAGUUGGGAUUAGGUGACACAGAGGAAAGGACUACAUUUCAUUUAAUCAGUUUUUUUACCAACCAGCACAAGAUCAAGCAGCUAGCAGCUGGAUCAUACACCUCAGCAGCAGUAACUGAGGAUGGGCAGCUUUUUGUGUGGGGUGACAAUUCAGAAGGUCAGAUUGGCUUGGCUAAUGAAGCCUGUGUCAGUGUCCCUUGCCAAGUGGAUGUUGGUAAACCAGUUUCCUCUGUAUCCUGUGGAUAUUAUCACUCUGCCUUGAUAACAGGAGAUGGUGAGCUCUAUACUUUUGGAGAACCUGAGAAUGGGAAACUGGGAUUAUUGCCUGAGCAGCUGAAGAACAAUAGAGUCCCACAGCACGUACUGGGAAUUAUGGAAAAGGUUAAUAAGGUCGCUUGUGGUGCAGAACACACAGUGGUGCUGACAGAACGAGAUGUAUAUACUUUUGGACUUGGACAAUAUGGGCAGCUGGGACAUGGUACUUUUAUUUUUGAAACUUCAGUACCAAAGUCUGUGAAACACUUGAGGAAGCAUAAAGUCCGUGAUGUUACAUGUGGAGAAAAUCAUACUGCUGUAGUUACAGAGAAUGGCCUCAUGUUUACUUUUGGAGAUGGGCGACAUGGCAAGUUAGGUCAUGGAGAAGAGAAUUUUACAAAUCAGUUUGAUCCCACUCUAUGUUAUAAUUUCUUGAGGUUCACAGUCCUUUUGGUUGCUUGUGGUGGUUGUCACAUGCUAGUUUUUGCUGCCCCGAGACCUAAAGGAGCUGAAGAAAUACUCUUAGAGGAUUUAUAUGAGGGCCGUUUGACUGGUAGUAUCUCUAAAAUGAGUGAAGACUCACUACUAAUAAACACCUUGCCACUAACAUCAGCACGACUGCGACGUCGCGAGAGGGAAAAGUCACCAGAGCAGUUUAUUCGAAUGGCACAAACUCUGCCUCCACUGGGAGAAAAGUUCUUAAAAUCUUCAUUGCCUGUGACUAGCAACACUAGCCCAGUCUGUUUUUCUACAGUAAGUCUUCCUAAAACUGAGCCUAUGGAGGAUAAAGACCUUGAAAAAGAAAGGAAUCAUCAAAAAGAUAAACCUGAUGAAAGUUCUGCAGAAGAAGAUUCAGAUAAUGAAAAUAAUGCCAGAAACCUUGGGAAUACAACUGACAUCCUAAACAUGACACAUGCAAUGAAAUUGAAUCCCAGUGACCAGACCUUAAAAUUGUCACCACUCCAAAAACAAAAGGAAAAUGAGGAAGAGGAAGAAAAUGAAAGAGAAGAAUCACAGGCUGAAAUUGAGAAUGAAGGUGCAGAAAAUACUGAAGAGGUUAAUCAGGAAGAUAGCAAAGAGCAAGGAGCUGAGGAAGACAGGUUAAUGGAGGAAGAAGAAAUGCGUAGUGAGGGAGAAGAGGAUGAGCAGAAGGAGCAGGAAUAUGCAAAAGAGGAAGACAGUGAAAAAGAAAAGGAGAAACAGGUUGAAAGUGAGGGAAAAGAUGAGAGUGAGGAAGGAUGUGAAGCUAGAGACAGGGAAGAAGAAAAAGAGAAAGAGGGGGGGGGUGGAGAGGAGGAAAAAGGAAAAGAGGGGGAGGGUGGAAUGGAAGAAGAAGGAGAAGAGGAGGAGGGUGGAAUGGAAGAAGAAGGAGAAAAAGAGGGGGAGGAAAAAGGAGAAGAGGGGGAGGGUGGAAUGGAAGAGAGAGAAGAGGGGAAGGGUGUAGAGGAAGAAAAAGGAAAAGAGAGGGAGAGUGGAGAGGAAGAAAAAGGAAAAGAGGGGGAGGGUGGAGUGGAAGAAGGAGAAGAGGGGGAGGGUGGAGCAAAAGAAAAAGGAAAAGAGGUGGAGGGUGGAGUUGAAGAAGGAGAAGAGAGGGAGGCUGAAGCAGAAGAAGAAGAGGGGGAGGCUGAAGAAGAAGGAGAAGAGGGGGAGGGUGGAGUGGAAGAAGAAGGAGAAGAGGGAAAGGCUGGAGUGGAAGAAGGGGAGGCUGAAGUGGAAGAGGAAAGAGAGGAGGAAGAGGAAGGAGCAGAGGCAGAAGGAGAAGGGGAGGAGGAAGAAGAAGAUGAAAAACGGGAAGAAGAGUGGGAAAACGAAGAAGAGGAAGAAGAAGAAGAAAGAGAAGAUGAAGAGGGAGAAGGGUUGGAAGAGGAGGGAGAAGGGGAGGAAGAAAAAGGUGGAGAAGAGGGAGAGGGGGAAGAGGGAGUAGAAGAAGGAGAGGGAGAAGAGGGACAGGUAGAAGGAGAGAGAGAAGAGGGAGAGGAAGAAGGAGAGAGAGAAGAGGGAGAAGAAGAAGGAGAGGGAGAAGAGGGAGAGGAAGAAGGAGAGGGAGAAGAGGGAGUGAAAGAAGAAGAGGAAGAAGGCAGAGUGGAAGAAGUAGAGGGAGAAGAGGGAGAGGAAGAAGGAGAGGGAGAAGAGGGAGUGAAAGAAGAAGAGGAAGAAGGCAGAGUGGAAGAAGUAGAGGGAGAAGAGGGAGAGGAAGAACAAGAGGGAGAAGAAGUAGAAGAAGGAGAGGGAAAGGAGGAAGAAGAAGAGGAGGAAGAAGAAGGAGGGGAAGAAGAAGAAGGGGAAGAGGGAGAAGAAGAUAAAGUUGAGGAGGAAGAGGAAGAGGGAGAGGAGCAAGAAGGAGAAGAGGAGGAAGGGGUUGUGGGAGAGGAGGAAAAGGAGGAUGAGAAUAGCAAAACCAGGAAGCCAGAGAAGACAGAAAGUACUGCUUUACCAAACAGCUCUAAACAAAAAAUGAAGUCCAAACAGCAUGUAGCAAAUGGUUUACAUAAUACAGAACAAUUUUGGAACAAUGUGCUACCUCAUUAUUUAACACUAAAGUAG